UUGCCGAAAGUGUUUGCGCAUGCGCAGUGGCGUCUUUUUCCGUGGUGUGUGACGAGUUCCGUAAAGUCGUAACUGUUUUAGACGUAAAUAGCUGGUUUUGUCUUUGCCAUAAAAAUAGUUUACAUUUGUAGUCUCUUCUUUCGACAAAACCUUGUUGUUCUGGUUCUAUGAGCUGGUAGGUAAGCUAAUUAGCAAGUUACUUUAAUCGUGCUAAGUAAGUGGCCCUAUAGUAGCUAAUAGCUAGCAGCUAGUGUGGCUAAGAAACUUUGACAGUUAGGGAACUAACAACGCGCUAUCUGUAUUUAUUAGUGAACUUGGAGAGUAUGAGCUGCUCUUGGUGAGGUUACUCAUUUAGAUUUGAGGAUCAGAAAGGUGGGCCGCUUGCUUUUACACUUAGACUAGUUCAUUGAAGGAGUGUCCGUUUGAAGCUCCAUGCCAAAUGGCCAAGAAGACCUAUGAUUUGCUGUUUAAACUCCUGCUUAUUGGAGACUCAGGAGUUGGCAAAACCUGUGUGUUGUUUCGCUUUUCGGAUGAUGCGUUCAACACCACGUUUAUCUCAACAAUCGGAAUAGAUUUCAAAAUCAAGACAGUUGAACUAAAUGGCAAGAGGAUCAAACUUCAGAUAUGGGAUACAGCUGGACAGGAGCGUUUUCACACCAUCACAACCUCCUACUACAGAGGAGCCAUGGGGAUCCUGCUGGUGUAUGACAUUACCAACGCUAAGAGCUUUGAGAAUAUCAGCAAAUGGCUGCGAAACAUUGAGGAGCAUGCAAAUGAGGAUGUGGAAAGAAUGCUGCUUGGUAACAAGUGUGAUAUGGAGGACAUGCGCGUGGUAUCUAAAGCAAAGGGAGAACAGAUUGCCUCAGAACACAACAUCCGCUUCUUUGAAACGAGUGCAAAAGCGAACAUCAACAUUGAAAAAGCUUUCCUCACACUUGCUGAAGACAUUUUGCAAAAGACCCCUGGAAAGGAGCCGACCAAUGAAAAUGUCGACAUAAACAACAGAAGUGGCUCUGCAGGAGGCAUCAGGUGUUGCAGUUGAACAGGCGUUUCACUGCUUUGCUUCCAAAAACCCUCACACCAUUUACAAUGCACAAGAUUGAUCUCUUACAACUAUGUUAACCUAAAUGCCCAUUAUGCUGGACAAGACCUUUACCUCUCACUGUACUUUAACUAUUGUAUCCGUGUCAAAACAUAAAUUUCCCAAUUUUCUGUUAGUAAUAUUCAAUCAAACAGGACCUUUGUUACUUUAGUGAUGAUCUGACAACAGCACUGUGUACAGGGAAACCAAUCAAAUAAUUACACACUUAUUGAGAAAAACAAAAGGGACACAUAACACUUAACAUUCAUGUUAUUGUGAACUCUGUGCCUUAAUGCCAUUUAGAAAUAGGAGAGCUUAGUUUAUUAGACAGUUCAUGGAUAGUGUUUGAAUUGCUGAACUGUGAAUGAGUGUUUCAUAUGACACUUCCCCUUAUAACAUUCAAGGUUGUGCCUUAUGACCUGCGGCAAUGAAGUCAAAAGACUGUUCUCUGUUAUUCCACGCUGUCACGUUUUCAUACGCCCAGUGCACAUACAAUGCCUGUAAAGGCACAGACUGGCCUGAUUGUCAUGGUCUUUGUUGUAUUAAUAACUUGCAUGCCGGUUGGCCUAAAGAGUCAGUGUAAGGUAUCACAUUCAAGAGAAAUACUUCAGACCUUCUUGUUUGGUUCUAAGUACUGAGUUAUUUUCUCUAAGGAUAAGUCAAAACUAAUUAUACGCACUUGUUUAAUGAACAAAUGCUGCUCAGUCCCACUGAUGUUUUAUCUGUCUGAGAUUCUGCACUUUAGGGGCUAUGCUGAACAUGAGUCCCAAAUGCAAAGGUCUAUUCUGGAUCUAUGUGUGAGAUUUUAGGCUUAUGAAUUGAUCUAUGCCUUUCUAUUACCGUGUUUGGUUAAAUUGCUGCUCAUUGGUAUUUUUUUUCCUUGGUUUCAGCAUGUGUCACUUCCCUGUCCUUUCCAGCAUUAAUCUUUAAUUAUAGUUUCAUUAGACAAUUGCUGUGGGGGUGCAGAGGACCUUUUUGGUGAUGGUGAGGGGAAGUUCAGAAUACACUCAAAUUUCAAAGCAGUGAUUUAUGAUGUACUAACCGUAAAGGUAUUUCAACCUGUAAAAUGUUUUGGCUGUUAGUGAUUUUUGUCAUCUUUACUGAGUUUUUGGGUGCAUUUUCUACAUUUCUUCUUAAUAUUCUCCUAAACAGGCAUUACUAGUAUUCAGUAAGUGUUGACUGGUAUAUCUUGGCUUUCUCUCUGAAUCUAAAUAACAGCUUUAUUAUUAUAACUUCUUACUGAUACAUUUAGCACUUUUUUUUACUGAUGACUUUAAGUACACUAGUUCAUGGCAAGAUGACUUGAAAACUAGUUGUGAAGGUGGACACUGGCAAUUCAAAGUCAAACACGGGAUCGAACACUUUACUACCUGGCUAGUAAGUACAUAUGUUUCCUUAAAUGUAGUGUUUUAAAGAUCUAAACUGAGGAUGGCCAAUGUCCACCUUUAAUCAGGCUAAGAACUGACCUUGGUUUACAUUUGAAUAACUAAUUCUGUAAUAAUAGAAAACCAGAAUGAUGAAUAAAAUGUUUCUUGAACUAGAAGACUUAAUAGCAUGACAUUUUCUGCUCACAGAAUUCAAUAUAGUUAAAAUAAAAAGGGAGUGAUGGGUUUUGGAUGGUAGUUUCAUAGUGCAAUAAACUCACUUUUCAAAAAUA